AUGUACGCUCUGAAGGAUUUGUUAAAUACCCGUGGUGAAGAGAGUGUAACAAGUGACCCAUGUGUUUGGGUUAGGAGGCCAAGAGCGAAUAGGCAAGCGUGUGAACUAAAAGAUCUUGUCAUUGAGAAAGGCAAAAAACCUUCCACCAAAAAGAGAAAACGCAAGCAAGUUUACUCUCAAAACAUUGAAACAGAUGUCCGUGCCCUUGAAGACACAAAUCCACCAGAUGAGGAGCAUCUAAGAAAGUUUACCAAACGAAUGUGCAACUUGAAAAAUACACCUGUUAUUUUGCCCCUGUUUAAAAAACUUUAUGGUACUCCAGAAGAAGACACGAUCACAGAAGAACCUGGUCAAUCUAACCAUAAUCGGCCACAGACUGGUAUAAUGAGUGCUAAGCUCCUGGAGAUUUUAAGUUCUGAUCCAAAACCUCUACAGAAGAAAUUGUCAAGUUAUUGUCUUUUAGUGACACUGAACGAAAGCACCAAGUAAUGGCAAUGUGAAGAGUGGUACCUUCAUAAGACAGGGUUCAUCACAACCUCAAAGUGCAAAAGAAUUUUCACUCGCCAGGAAACACUUUAG